GAAGCGGUUAGUAUACUCCAGGACGUCGUGGUGGAUACUAUACACCUCUGCAAUUACUUUAGAAUGACCACUCUACGAUGGGGCAUCGUCAGCGCUGGGAAGAUUUCGCAUGAUUUUGUGACGGCACUGCGAUCUUUGCCGGCGAACGAGCACGACGUCAUUGCCGUUGCGGCGCGGCAAUUAUCACGCGCGAAGGAUUUUGCAAAGUUGCACGAGAUCAAGAAAGCUCACGAUGAUUAUGCGAAACUGGCUUCGGACAAGGAUAUCGACAUUAUUUAUAUCGGUGCGAUUCAUCCUUAACACUUCGAUGUCGCGAUGCUGAUGCUGAAACACGGCAAGCACGUCUUGUGCGAGAAACCAUUGACGAUGAACUUGAAGCAGACCACCGAAUUAAUUAAUUACGCGCGGAGUAAAAAUCUGUUCCUGAUGGAAGCCGUGUGGAGCCGCUGCUUCCCCGUGUAUGACAUUAUCAGAAAGGAAAUCGCGUCUGGCAACUUAGGCGAUAUUCACCAAGUGAUCGUUUCCUUCGGUUUCGAGUUUCCCGACCUAGAUCGGAUGGCAUUGAAAGAACUGGGCGGCGGUACGAUUCUCGAUCUCGGCAUUUAUUGUUUGCAAUUCGCCUGCCUGGUUUAUAACAACGAGAUGCCGGAGAGCAUUAAGGCGGGCGGAUCUCUGAACAAGAACGGCGUUGACAUGUCCAUGUCGGCUACUUUGACCUACAAAGGGAAUCGCACCGCGACCAUCAUGACAAGCGCGUUGGUUAAACUGCCAAAUGAGGCGUACAUUUGCGGUACCAAGGGUACGAUAAAACUGCCGAACUUUUGGUGCCCGACCGAGGUGGAGCUGCCGAGCGGCAAGAUGAACGUAGCGCUGCCGAAACUAAAACACGAGAUCAACUUCAUAAAUUCCGCCGGACUUUCUUACGAAGCUGCUGAAGCUCGUGAUUGCAUUCUGAAAGGUUUGAUAGAAAGUCCGAAAGUAACGCACGACACAUCUUUAUUACUGGCGAAGUUGGAGGAUGAAUUGCGCAGACAGUUGGGCGUUGUGUAUCCUCAGGAUUAAAAAACUACCUACAUAAAUAUAUUUUACAAAUGAAAUACAAAUUUAAUUUGUACUAUGAUGUAACGCAUAAAAAUUCAGAGAAAAGAUUUUUAUACAUGUAGCCAUAAGUAUUGGAAAAUAUUUUCAUAGAUGUAGCCAUAAGUUUUGGAAGUCGAAAAUCUUGUUUUUUUUUUAAUUAUGAUGUUUUGUACAUUCUGUAACAAUGCAUAUAAAUACAUAAUAUAAAAUAUAUAAUAAGAACUCAACGUAAUCUCAAGUUAAUCUUCAAAUGCAUCAUUUGAUAUUUAAGAGCCAAAAUUACUUUUUUAGAUAGAAAAAAACAAUAUUUAAGAAUUUAUUUGAAGAAAAUUAUAAAAUAAAUUACUUUGAAUUUUUAUGUAACCAUAUAAUUAAGUUUAUAUAUCAAAACAUUAAUUUUUUUAUGUGGAAAUGAUAUUGUAACAUUCAUUGUCGCCUUUGUCUGCGACUUAUGCAUGUCUGUGCAUGCUUCUGUGAUUUGCUUGAUUUAUUUUAUUAUAACUAUUACUUAACUAUCUGUAUAUUACUAAAAUAAAACAGAUAGAUAAUACAAA